CCUUCAGUUCUCCUCCAGCUGGGCCGUCAGAGCAUCCUGAACGGGGCCGACGGAACAUCUUCUCACCUCCGAGCACCGACGAACCGCAGCCACCAUGGCCCUGAGCGCAGACCCGAACUACAAGAAGCUGGAGCAGUGGUACCGGACCAAUGCCAACACCCUAAAUAUGAGGGCCAUGUUCGAAAGCGAGCCGGACCGAUUCGCAAAGUUCAGUACGACCCUGAAGACGGACGACGGAGACAUCCUUCUGGACUACUCCAAGAACCUGAUCAACCAGGACGUGAUGACCAUGCUGCUGGCGCUGGCCAAGUCCAGAGGCGUAGAGGAGGCCAGAGAGAAGAUGUUCACCGGAGAGAAGAUCAACUUCACCGAGAACCGAGCCGUGCUGCACGUGGCCCUGAGGAACCGCUCCAACACGCCGAUCCUCGUCGACGGGAAAGACGUGAUGCCCGAAGUCAACCGCGUGCUGGACAAGAUGAAGGCUUUCUGCCAGAAAGUGCGCAGCGGUGAGUGGAAAGGUUUCAAUGGGAAGAGCAUCACAGAUGUGGUCAACAUCGGAAUCGGAGGCUCUGACCUGGGACCCCUGAUGGUGACUGAGGCGCUGAAGCCCUACUCAGACGGAGGUCCGAACGUCUGGUUCGUCUCCAACAUCGACGGGACUCACAUGGCCAAGACGCUGAAGCAGCUCAACCCGGAAACCACGCUCUUCAUCAUCGCCUCCAAGACGUUCACCACCCAGGAGACCAUCACCAACGCGGAGUCGGCCCGGGACUGGUUCCUGCAGGCGGCCGGUGACAAAUCCGCCGUGGCCAAACACUUUGUGGCGCUGUCCACCAACGCGGCCAAAGUGAAGGACUUCGGCAUCGACCCGGCCAACAUGUUCGAGUUCUGGGAUUGGGUUGGAGGUCGUUACUCACUGUGGUCGGCCAUCGGUCUGUCCAUCGCGCUGCACGUAGGCUUUGAGAACUUCGAGCAGCUUCUGUCCGGAGCUCACUGGAUGGACAACCAUUUCCGCAGCGCCCCCCUGGACCAGAACGUCCCGGUUCUGCUGGCCAUUCUGGGCGUCUGGUACGUCAACUUCUUCCAGGCCGAGACGCACGCCAUGCUGCCGUACGACCAGUACAUGCACCGCUUCGCCGCCUACUUCCAGCAGGGCGACAUGGAGUCCAACGGGAAGUACAUCACCAAAGACGGCAGCCGCGUGAACUACCACACCGGGCCGAUCGUGUGGGGGGAACCAGGGACCAACGGGCAGCACGCCUUCUACCAGCUCAUCCACCAAGGGACCCGGAUGAUUCCUGCUGACUUCCUGAUUCCUGCUCAGUCGCAGCAUCCAAUCAGAGACAACCUGCACCACAAGAUCCUCGUGGCCAACUUCCUGGCUCAGACCGAAGCUCUGAUGAAGGGGAAAACUGCCGAGGAGGCUCGCAAAGAGCUGCAGGCAGCGGGAAUGUCGGGAGAUGUUCUGGAGAAGCUGCUGCCACACAAGGUUUUCCAAGGGAACAAGCCAAGCAACUCCAUCGUUUUCAAGAAGCUGUCUCCGUUCAUACUGGGAGCGCUGGUUGCCAUGUAUGAGCACAAGAUCUUUGUCCAGGGCGUCAUGUGGGACAUCAACAGCUACGAUCAGUGGGGAGUGGAGCUCGGGAAGCAGCUGGCGAAGAAGAUCGAACCGGAGCUGAGGGACGCCUCUCCGGUCUCGUCUCACGACUCGUCCACCAACGGCCUCAUCAACUUCCUGAAACAGAACUUUGCCUGAGCCCCGCCCACCCACCUGUCCUGCUCUGUGAUUGGUUGAACCGUGUUGUUUUGAGUGUUAAACGAGCUUUCAGUGUUGCUUUCCGUGUUGCAUUUGUGCACAUGUUCUUGUAGGCUGAUAGCUGAGACUUUCACAAUAAAAGCCCCGUCUGUCACUGCCGCAGGUUGGUUCUUACCGUCUGAUCAAA